AUGUUGAGCUUUACGAUUGCCUUCAUUGUGCUCAUCGCCACCACUACUACAGAGGCAUGCAGUCGCUACCCUUACUACUACGGUGGCUGCUCUUACUGUCGUCGUGUUCGUAGUAUCUCUGAGGAAGGGCAAAUGAAUAGCGAUCCCCCUGGUAGCGAAGCAUUCCUGCCCCAAGAGGAGGCGAUCGAGCGUCCUGUCGACCGUAUGAAAACUUGA